UUUAAUAUUGAACAUAAUACUGAAACAAUACGGUCGUAAUCAGUAUUUUUUUUAGAAUUUUGAACAUCAUGCAAAGUAGGAUUGGUAGAAAGUGCGACGUUAAAAUACCUGACAAUCCGUUUCCGUUCAAGCAUACAGGCAGACGUCAACGCUAAAUUAGUCCAAUUUUUAUUUUGCCGAUAAUCCUCCAACUAGAACCAUAGCUAGUCAUCGUCACAUUUAUCUAAGAGUACUCCCUGUUUUCAACAAAACUCAACAUGCCACGAGGUAAAUACACGAACCACAAAGGCCGCAACCGCAAGUUCACCAGCCCCGAGGAGUUGGAGGAGCAAAGGAAACAGGAGGAACAGAAAAAAAAAUGGAGAAAAGACCACGGUGAGGACACUUCUAGUGAGGAGGAGUCUGGCAAUGAGAAGUCUGGCUCGGGCAGUGACUCUGAUAGUGAUUCAGAUGACGAGCAUCCAACUAAGGCAAAGGGUGUGUCUGGUCUCAUUGAAGUAGAAAAUCCAAACCGCGUAGUCAAGAAAAACAAGAAAUUAUCUAACCUAGAUAACCUAGGAGAAGGAGGGAAACCGCAACUUUCAAGACGUGAACGCGAGGAGAUAGAACGUCAGCGCGCGGCAGCGGCGUACCAGAAGGCGCACGCGGAAGGCAAGACGGAGCAAGCGCGCGCCGACCUGGCGCGCCUCGCUAUCAUCCGCCAGCAGCGCGAGGAGGCCGCCAAACGCCGCGAGGCAGAGAAGAAGGCCAAGGAAGAGUCUACUACGAAAAAGAGCCAUUGAUUACAUCCCCUCAUAUAUCGCGCUCUUCGGGACCCUGAAUACAAGGUAGACAAAUGUCUCCAGGAUAGGCUCCAAGAAGAAUGUUCAUCUUUCGCUGUUCACGGGCUCAUAAUCUCAGUCUAGGUGGCUUUCAAAAUCUAUCAGUUCAAUAUAUUCUUCGACCCCACGCAUAAGGAAUUGUCUCAGUAUAAUACGCAAAGCAUAAUAUUUAAUAAUCCAUUUAUCAAAGAUUUUGUAAAGCUUCCCUAGCGUUGAUGUUCGUUUAGGUGUGUUCACAUCAUGACCAACGUCACUACCACAUAUAUAAUAACCGCAUCGCCGCGCAACUAUGUGUUCCGUACCGUACCUAAUAUAACCGUAAUGUGUAAAAUUAAGCAUGUGUGAGUGUUAAAUCCAAGAGUUAUAUAGAUUUACAGUAAUUUAUCUAGGUAAAUUAAUGGGACAUUAUAGAGAUUUUCAAGAAUGAUCAUCAAGUUGGUAAUUAAUUUAUGGGAAUUAUAAAUUUAUUUGUACAUAAUAUAGUGCAUUUUUAAUCUAUUUCUGCCAUACGCUAAUUGUUUUUACAACAUUAUGAAAUAUAAACGCUUGUUUCAAAAACAUGUAAAAUAUGCGUCAUUGAUUUCUGUUCUCAUAAAUUAAAGUAGGUUAUUUUAUAUUUUAAUUAAUGUUUUAUGGGAAUUAAUGAAAACGUUGCAAUGUUAAAUAUAUAUAUUUUUAAAUAUAAAUGAUACAAGGUAUGUUUAUAAUAGUAUAAUUUCGUUUCCACCGGACGGACAAGAGUCCUAUUAUGUAUGAAUUUGCUUAGGUCUAAUUACCUAGAUAGUCUCAGUAGACAAUUUUUAUAUGCGAAUAUGUAUUCUAUACAAUAAAAAUUGAAAAGGA